UCUUGCACACCUACAUUCGUACGUUUUAGCUCAGAACAAACACAUUGAACUGGAAUUAAAAUGAUAGUUAGUCUAGCAAGACCACAAUUACAAUGACAUACCAAAGCGACACAGAUUCUGCUCCAAGUUCAGCGCCAAGUUCUCCUCUUUAUUCUACAACAUUCAUAAAACGCAGUGGUACUACCGAUAAGGGUAAAGAUUACGAACAUCUUUACAUAGUAAACCUGCUUUUAAAACUGGUCCAAGAUGACAAUGUUAUCGACUUUCACCUGUCUUCCAACGAUAGUCAAUACGGAGCUUUCGACGACGUAGUCAUCGAAAUCCAAUAUGCUUUUAAAAAAGAAACCGAAAUCUACGCCAUUCAACUCAAACAUGUCAACAACGACGGUAAGAAAAUAAGUGCUCAGCAUCUAAAUGCGGCUAAAGGAAACUUCAGCGUUGUUCACUACCUUAAAGACUACUAUAACAAUUUAAAGAAACUGAAUUGCCCGGUUACGAUGAUUCUACUCACCAAUAGUCAGUUUACGACAGAAAAGAAGGUUCAAUUAAGUACUGACGACAACAAGUUCGAAAUGACCGCCACAACGACGAACCCAAACUAUCUCUUGAACACUUCACGUAAUGGACUAUCUUAUAAAUUCAAGCUGACUUCCACCAGUGACUAUGACGACUUUUUUGACAAUUUUCAAUUCUAUACGAGUCAAGCCGCAGUUGACGAUAUUGAAAUUGACGCUCUAGAAACAUUUACUAAGAGCUUCUCCAAGCAAGAAUUUGUUUUCGAGCAGUUUGUAAAGUUUAUCACUAGAUGGAGUUUAACUGAGGGGAAGAAGAGUUUGUUGGACAAAAAAUUUAUAAAAACUUUCAUAACUCUUGUCGUUUCGUCACCCUCGAUGAAGACUUUGUCAUUUUCCGACGAUGCGACUGUUAGCGAAAAGGGGAAAACAUUUAGAGAGGCGGUUUCAAAGUUCCAUGUAACAACUAUAACUCAAGACAGCCUAAAUAAGGUACAAAAUCUUUGGGCGGAUUCUUUGAAAGAACAAGAUUUAGCGGAAAUCAGAGACAUCAAUGUUAAGUAUCAAAUUACUAGUUCUAGCAUCGCGUCUGUGGAAGAUUUACAUUGUUUGGGAGAUGUGGACAAGAACAAGCUUAUUUGGUUAAUAAACAAGUGUCCACUGGUUAUUGACGACAGCGAAGACAUUCAAAACGUGAUAAAUUUUGAAAAAGAAAAAAAUUUCGUCGUUGUACAAUCUACGAAAGGUAAAAAUACUCUUGCUUUCACGAACACAUUAUUCCAAAAUCUAGCUGACCUCAAAUCAGAAGAAGCAAUUUACAAUAAAGUCGUAAAUACCUUCACUUACUCUCUAGAAGGUCAAAAGGAGGCACUUUUGAAAACUUUAGUAAACGACGACAUCCACCACAUGAUCACCACCGAUAAACUCGUUGAUAUGUUGCAACAACCUUUAGAAAUAGGGACACAAAAAGAAACCCUUCCACCUUGCUUCAUCUCUAGAACGUUGUCAAAAACAGUAAUCGAUAUACAAUUUUUGCAAAGAACUGUCGACAACUUCAUCGUCAUUACAGAAGUAAAAGACGAAGGCGGUUUCAAGAAACGUUUUAAAAACAUAGAAGUGACUCCUAACGGGGAGAUAGUAUUUAAGAAUAAACCAGACAGUAACAUCAUCUAUGUCACCAAAAAUGAUAUAACAGAAGAUGAAUUCAUCAAACUUGUUGACAACACGUCGACGAAAAAAUACCAUCAUUUUAGAUACAUAAAUGACGACUGUUUAGAGUGGAUAAGAAGUACCUCUUUAGAAGUGGAAGACUUUUACAAGUUUCGAAUGGAUCAUAAAUACAAUUACACAGUAGACGAAUCACACCUCUUCGGAAAAAACGAAAAUGAUAUCAACGUCGUCUGCGCAAAUCCCGGAAUGGGAAAAAGUACUUUAGUCAAAAGUCUUAAAAACAACAGUUGUUCGUCAGUGUGGACGCUAAUAAUCUAUGCAAAUAUGCACGCCAAUCUCUACAAAAAGGUCAAAGACGACAAAAACGUCUUCAAGUUUCUUAGAAAUGUCAUCUCCAAGAACGUUCGUGGUGAUUUUGAUGAAAAAAUUGUUGAUUUGUUGAUGGAGAAAAGACAAGUUCGCAUAAUUUGGGACGGACUGGACGAAGUUUCUGACGAAAGUCUCAAAACUGUUCUUAAGGUGGUGAGCGCGAUUUCGAAGGAAGGGUUCAAACAGUGGAUAACAUCCCGGAAAAACCUGAAGGACUAUUUAGAACGCAGACUGAAAAUAUUUGCCAAAGAAAUGCAAGAGUUUAACGAAGAAGAGCAGCAAGCGUAUAUCAAAAAACGCUUGACAGUUUCAGACGAAGAGUUGCCAACAAUUUUCAAGAAGAUUAAAAUGAACGUCCUUUUUCUGAAUAGCGACAUUUUGGGCAUUCCCUUGCAGAUUUACAUGUUGACAGAGCUGUUUUGUCAAGACCUGGAAAAGUACUCUCGCUUGCUGGAUGAACAAAACAUCACACCUUUAACUCUAUACGAGUAUUUCGUGGAUGAGAAAUUCAACAUUUUUUAUAAAGAAAAAAUGGGACUUGCCCUGACCAUGGAAACAAAUGUAAAGAAAUGUGAAAAUGAAAAGAAAGAAAAAGUGGGGGGUUAUAAACAAAUUGCAUUCGAUUUCUAUUUGAGUAGAAAAUUGAGAUAUAGUGGCGAUCUCAACUGUUGUACACAGUCUCCAAAUUACAACUUUUUAGAAGAUAUCAAGACUGGAGGGGACCCCGUGGGUUUCGUUAGUAAAGUCAACGACAACAAACCUGAGUUUACUCACAACUCAUACGGUGAAUAUUUUGCCGCUUUGUACCUUUUUGAUAAUAACCCCACUAGAGCACGAGAAGCGAAAUUUGUUUUGAACAGUAGAUAUAAUAACAUCAGAUUUUUUCUCGACUUGAUGCUGUCGCAAAAUUGUAAAGGUCACAUCGCUAUAAUAUGUAGAAGUUACAAGCUUCUGGCACAAUGUGAAAACGCAGACUUGGACCAAAAUGACACAAUUAAACGCAAAACUUUAGAACUGUCGUGUGCAUGGAGUAAGAAGUACCCACUUAUUGUGGCACAAAAUAUUCUCGUGAAUGCUGAAACUGAAUCCGAUUUAAAUUACAAAUCCAUAUCAAAAUGCUACGACAAAUUCAGUCGGUCACUCCAUAGUUGUAUUCGAAACUUACUACUGUUACUACCAUUUCUUAUACCUCUCUACAAUCACGUCUAUCAACGUUUUGAAGACGACUAUUUACCCACGGUUCUUUAUUACGCAAUCAAGUUUGAUUAUGCCUUUAUCUUCACCUGCACAGCAAACAUAGACUGGUUGCACAACAUCCACCAGAAAAUCGACCCAAAAAAACUCAUUUCUCUGAUAGUCUCUUUCAAUUCCUACAAAUGUUUAGAAGAACUUAUUGAUAAGAAAAAUUACGCGGAAGUGUUACUGCGUAACUUUAAUGCUGCACACAAAACUUCUGAUUUCAACCUGUACAAGUACUUUUCUCUGUUGAUUGAAGCUACGAAUAGUACUACAUCCAUCUAUUCAACUUUCAAAGGAAAAGCAAGGACUGAUAUCGACGCUUUGCUUCAAAAAUGUGUACAAGUGAAUGCUCCUGACGCUGAUGGUCGAAUGCUCUUGCACUAUGCUUGUGAAAGUGGAGAUUCUCAUACCGUGAAGUUAUUGGUGGAAAAGAGUGUGACCGUAGAUGUUCCAGACGCUCAUGGUCGGACACCUUUACACUAUGCUUGUGGAAAGGGGUGUUAUGCGGUCGUUGAGUUGUUGAUUGAACGUGGAGCUGAAGUUAAUGUUGAAGAUAAGGAAGGAAGAACACCUUUGGAUUGUGCAUACAAAAAAGGGAAUCAGCAUGUAAUAGAGUUCCUGAUUAGCAAACAAGCUAAAAGGGGUGUUUUUUGUAAAAAUAUGAUUCAAUAAACGAAAUGUGUUACUAAAUAAAACAA